AUGAUGCUCUCCACCCGAGCAUCCGCCCAGCUGGCCCCUUUGCUGCUCCGUGGUGGCAGUCGAGUCGCCUUCCAGCGUGGCGUUCGUUUUCCGAGACAACUACCUGCUAUCGCCAUCCUCGUCCCACACAAAGGCUAUGCGACCGACACAUCCACCGACCACAGCGGCAACAACAGCCAGCCGCCACCAGGCUUUAACCUCGACCAAGCCAAGCGACCUCUUCCCAAGGAGCAGCAGGACAAGAAGGCUGCUCAAUCUGGCAAGAGCGAUGACAAGAGAAUCGCGGAUCCCGACUCCGUCGUCGCCAAGCCCACCGCUCAGGCACCCACCCAAGCAGAGGAGCAACGUGCACUGAGUGAGCUUGCAAGUCAAAAGACAGAGGCGGAGAAGUCGGAAGCAAAGAAAGCGCUGGCCAAGAAGGAGGAGAAGAAAAAGAUGACGCUCUGGGCGAAAGUCAAGCACGAGGCGCAACAUUACUGGGACGGCACAAAACUUUUGGCAACCGAAGUUCGCAUCUCGAGUCGUCUGGCGUUGAAGAUGGCCGCUGGAUACGAGCUCACACGUAGAGAGCAUCGGCAACUGCACCGCACAGUCCAAGACUUGGGCCGCUUAGUCCCAUUCUCAGUCUUCGUCAUCGUGCCCUUUGCAGAAUUACUCCUCCCAGUCGCCCUCAAGCUCUUCCCCAACAUGCUACCCAGCACAUACGAAGACGCCAAGAGCAAGGAGAAGAAAGCUACUCGAUUACGGUCAAGCAGGAAAGAAGUCUCCACGUUCCUUCGUCAGACUUUGCGCGAAUCUGGUAUUCCCAUUACAGCGGCACAUCUGGAGAGAGAGGAAUUCACCGAAUUCUUUCGAAAGCUGAGAGCUACUGGUGAGACACCGAGUAAGAGCGAUAUUAUCAAAGUCUGCAAGCUUUUCAAGGACGAUCUUACUUUGGACAACCUGAGCAGGCCACAAUUGGUCGGCAUUUGCAGAUAUAUGAACCUAAACACAUUCGGAUCAGACGCUAUGCUUCGUUACCAGGUUCGACAUCGUAUGCGACAGAUCAAGCGUGACGAUCGCGCGAUCUCCUUCGAGGGUGUGGAGAGCUUGUCCGUGCCGGAAUUGCAGACCGCUUGUGCAGCGAGAGGACUGAGAACACAUGGCAUGAGUCCGGGAAGAUUACGCGACGAUCUCCACCUCUGGCUCGACCUGCGAUUGAAGUACGGCGUGCCUAGUACGCUACUCGUGCUCAGCAAUGCUUUCAUGUACGCUCAGGGCAAGGAGACCGAGUUUGACUCCCUCCUUGACGCUCUCCAAGCAGUCUUGAGCAGUAUCCCAGAAGAACUCUUCCACGAAAUUGAGCUCGAGGUCCAUAACGCCGAGGGCGCGGCAACCAACAAGCAGCGCCUAGAAGUCCUCAAGGAGCAACAAGAGCUGAUCAAAGAGGAAAACGAGGCAGCGCAGCAGAACGGGAAGGAGGCGCAGAGUGUCAAUGACCGAGAGGAUAUCGAUGAGAAGGAAGAGGAGUCGACCCAAGAAAAGGCGUUGGCGAAAGAGGGCAAGGAGAGAGAGGAGAGCGUGAUCAGCGAGAAGACGGCCGCGACGGGCGAGGACGAGGAUGCUAAGCUCGUGGCGCCUGAAAGGGAGGAGGGAAAGAAGGAGGAUGAAAAGAAGGCGGACAGCCUCUGGGCCAAAGGCGAAUCAAGGUAG